GGUAGUGAGUCGGUGCAUCAGCCCCUCGCAGGCCGCCGCCGCCCCCACCCAGCAGGUCGCCGGGCCGGCGUCCGCAUCCGGGUCGGGAGCUGCCCUCCAGGGCGCGAUGCCGAGGAAGCAGUGAUCCCGAGACAAGCCGAUCGCGGCGGCCGGACCUGCUGCUAUGUCCCACCAACCUCUGAGCUGCCUGACUGAAAAGGGGGACAGUCCCAGUGAAGCCCCAGGAAAUGGACCCCCACACCUGGCUCACCCCAGCCUGGACACGUUCACCCCAGAGGAACUGCUGCAGCAGAUGAGGGAUCUCCUGGUGGAGAACCACCAGCUGAAAGAAGCCAUGAAGCUAAAUAAUCAAGCUAUGAAAGGGAGAUUUGAGGAGCUUUCAGCCUGGACAGAAAAACAGAAGGAGGAACGCCAGCUCUUUGAGAUACAGAGCAAGGAAGCCAAAGAGCGACUGACAGCUUUGACUCGUGAAAUGAGAAACUGAAGGAAGAGCUGGGAAAACUAAAAG